AUGGCGCCUGCUGAGGAUAAGACUAGCGCGGAUGCAUCUGCUGAGCUCGCGUUUGGAGAUGCCAUUGAUAUGAAUACUUUUGAUCAGAUUUUGGAAAUGGACGACCCUGGAAGUGACGAAUUCAGUUCGUCAAUUGUUUUUGGCUUCUUCACACAAGCACAAGAAACAUUUGAUAAUAUGGACACAGCUCUAUCAGAGAAAGAUCUCAAGACUCUAUCAGAACUCGGCCACUUCCUCAAAGGCUCGUCAGCUACAUUGGGCCUGAUCAAGGUUAGGGACGGUUGCGAGAAGAUCCAGCGUUACGGCAAGAACGAGAAUUUGGACGGGUCUUCAGAACCCGACUCGGAGCUAUGCCUAACGCGAAUCAAGGAAGCACUCAAAACGGUCAAGACAGACUACCAAGAUGUUGAGAGGAGGUUGAAGGCGUACUAUGACAAGGGCGAGGGCAAGGACGACGAUGCUUAG